UUGGGAACCGCUGCCUUUCCGGGGGAAAGGUGCUGACGUGGGCUUGGGCUUUGGCGCGGGCGUUCAGCUUGGAAGAUAGGGCCCCUGAGAGGCCCGGGGCGCGGCCACACCCCUGUGGGGGAGGGGAGCGAAGGCGUCCCGAAGGGAGUGGACAGCCCCCUUGUCAGUCUUCCCGAGUCCCGGAGUGUAAGAUGAGAAGGGGGAAGGUGGGCCUCAUCCUGGGGGAAGGCGAGGAGGAGCUUCCUGCGCGCGCGCGCUUCUCGGCAUUGAGCGCUCGGGCUGGGAGGCGGGAGGUACGUCAAGGUCAGCCUGGACCGGGGUGGCAGCCUGCCUAGGGGCGGGAGACCCUCCUGGGAAGCUGGGCUGCGGCCUCCAAGCGCCUCGGCCAUAUUGAAUAGCCACGGCUGAGCCUUCUUUGUCUGCGAAGUUCUCUCCCAAGUUCCAGGCACGUCCCUGGAACAGGAAGAGCCACCGGGCAGCCCCUGUAUCGCAGCUGCGGCCGGGACACCCGUUUGCAGCUUGCGGUGGGCUUGGAGCCUCAGGACUGACCUCAUCCCGCCUCACGUAAGCAUCCUGGAAAUUGAUUCCCACCGGUCCUUGAGGGGAGCGGGACUUGAUCAAGACCAGACUCGUUGCAGGCAGAGAAAUUGGGAGGUGAGACUCUCCCGGCGGCGCUGCCGAGCCCCCACCCUCACCCCCAAGACCCGGGGCUACCAGUAGUUUGGGCUCAUUGCCCCCACCCCAGAUUUCACCCUGGAGAUUUUAAAGACCCUCGAGAAAAGCCAUGUGGGGGGCUGGUUCCCCUGGGGCUUCCUCCCAUCCCCCGACUGCCUGAUCCUCUGGAGCGUCCCCGACGUCUGCAAAGAUGUCGAUCUGGACGUCCUCGUGGAAGCCUUGAAGCCUGUGGGGACCUUUAAGAAGAUCGGCAAGGUGUUUCGCCGGGAGGAGGACUCCACAGUGGGGAUGCUGCAGAUCGGGGAGGACGUGGACUAUUUGCUCAUCCCCCGCGAAGUCAGGCUGGCGGGAGGCGUCUGGAGGGUCAUCUCCAAGCCCGCCACCAAGGAGGCGGAAUUUCGGGAGCGGCUGAUCCAGUUUCUGGAGGAGGAAGGCCGCACCCUGGAGGAUGUGGCCCGCAUCAUUGAGAAGAGCACUCCGCAUCCACCCCAACCCCCCAAAAAACCCAAGGGGCCCCGGAUGAGGAGAGUCCAGCAGAUGGUGACCCCACCUCCCCGGCUGGUCGUGGGCACUUAUGACAGCAGCAACGCCAGUGACAGCGAGUUCAGCGACUUCGAGACCUCCAGAGACAAGGGUGACAAGGGCCACAAAGGCACGGGGCGUGGCAGGAAGGUGCGCAAGAUGCCUGUCAGUUACCUGGGCAGCAAAUUCCUUGGGAGCGACCUGGAGAGCGAGGAUGAUGAGGAGCUGGUGGAGGCCUUCCUCCGGCGAGGGGAGAAGAAGCCCAGCGUGCCGCCAGCCCGCCGCCGGGUGAACCUGCCAGUGCCCAUGUUUGAGGACAACCCGGUGCCCCAGCUGUCCAAAGCGGACAGGUGGCGGGAGUAUGUCAGCCAGGUGUCCUGGGGGAAGCUGAAGCGGAGGGUGAAGGGCUGGGCACCGAGGUCCAGCCCAGGGGUGGGCGAAGCCUGGCAGGCCUCUACCAGGUUGGAGAGGGAUGGCGCAUCAGUGCCACGCAGUGCCAGCCUGGGGGAUAAUGUGGGAAAUGCAGGAGAUGGGCAGGUGCCUGAGGGCCCCCCAAGACGGUGGAGGCCUAAGAUCAACUGGGCCUCAUUCCGGCGUCGCAGGAGAGAGGAAGCAGCAGCCAGAGCUCAGGGGGCAGAGGCUGUAGAUGAGCAGAGAGUGGAGGCUGUAGAUAAUCAGAGGGUGGAGGCUGCAGAUAAUCAAAGAGCAGGGGCCAUAGCUGUCCAGAGGGCAGAGGCCAUGGCUGUCCAGGAGGCAGAGGCUCUGGACAAUCAGAGGGCAGAGGCCCUAGCUGUCCAGAGGGUAGAGGAUGCAGACAAUCAGAGGGUAGAGGCACCAGCUGUCCAGGGAGCAGAGGCUGUAUCUGAUGGGGCAGAGGCCGUAUCUGACCAAAGGGCAGAAGCUGCAAAUAAUCAGAGGGCAGAGACCCCAGCUGUCCAGGGAGUUGAAUCCUCAGCUGCUGGGAGGGCCCCAGGUGUCACCCCAGGAUCUAGGACCCGGAGACAGGUCAAGACAGUGAGGUUCCAGACCCCUGGACGCUUUUCAUGGUUUCGAAAGCACCGGAGAGCCUUCUGGCACACUCCCCGGUUGCCCACCCUGCCCAAGAGAGUCCCCAGGGCAGGCGGGGCUAGGAGCCUAAGGGUCCUGAGGGCUGAGGCCAGAGCAGAGGCAGGGCACGAAGAGCAGGAAGACCAGCUGUGAGGAGAGGGCAGGGGGGCCACGGAGGACCUCGCCACCUGCCACAGUAUGGGCCACUCAGGGUGUGUCCCUAACUCCGACACUUGGACAGAGAUGCUGUCUCCACACUUGAAAAUGGAGGUACAGCAAGGGCCUGGCAGUGCCCCGCACAUCUCCAUCUAACACCCCUCUUUCUUUUCUUCUUAAAAUUGUGUCUCUCAUGCAUUGAUUUAAUUUUUUUUUCACGUGGCUUGUGGGAGCUUAAUUCCUGGACCAGGGAUUGAACCUGGGCCCGGCAGUGAAAGUGCCAAAUCCUAACCACUGGACCACCAGGGAAUUCCCCAUGCAUUGAUUUUUAAAAUACAGACUCUUUAUAGUAACCCAAGGAAUGUAAAUAAAGAAACCCAUACCACGGGUUCGCAUCACCCAUGAUUUUAACUUCUUCAUAUGCAAUUCUAGGUGCUCAGCUUGAAAAAGGGAGAGAGGUGAGGGAGAAAUUGCUUCCUCUUCUUUUUCUUCACCCUUUUGCCUGCACACUUGAACUCACUGCCUCUUGGAACUUAAAAAAGAGGGCGCAGGUCAACAUGCAAAUAAAAGUGUUUACAAA